GUGCACAGCCAAGCUGCCUCCCACACCCCGUCCGGGGCUUGUCGUGACGUCAGACGAAUGUCCCCCUGACGGCUGGGUGUCCACGUGGGGACGUGGUGACCAAUCAGGGGUGGGGAGGCUGACCCCACCGCCCCACGUGCACACCCAGCUGCCGCCCAUAUAUGGGCAUGAGACAAACACGAUUACCGCCCCCCACCCAAUCGCACCACUGCAGCCGGGGGGAAAUCACAGGGGAGGGGAACAGUUGUCUUCACCAGGGCCAUUUUCUCCCCUUUCUUCCAAUUUCUUCUGGAUUUCUCGCAAAGUAUUGAUAUAGGGCGUUACAGACGUGUCAUCGGGGUCCACCUGCCGAACUGUACGGUACAGGAGCACGGUUUGGCCGGGUAGAAGCGGGUCGGAGUCGGUCCACCAUCUGGCCCACACAGCCGACAAAGCCCAGCCCUUGGGGGUCAGAGUACGUGACGUGACCACCGGACGGUAUCGUGUUCUGACUGCUCUAUGGAUGGGAACUGUGUAACCAACAUGGCGACCGUUCCCAAUCACAAGCCCGCAAACCUGGGCGAGCUCCAGCUGUACCGCGUGCUACAGCGCGGGAACCUGCUGCAGUACUUCGACGUGUUCAUCUCGCAGGGUGGAGACGACGUGCAGCAGUUGUGUGAGGCUGGGGAGGAGGAGUUUCUGGAGAUCAUGUCGCUGGUUGGGAUGGCCAGUAAACCCCUUCACGUCCGCAGACUCCAGAAAUCCCUUCAAGAGUGGGUCACCACGCCCGCGCUAUUCCAAGAUGUCAUUCCGACCUCGCCCCACCAAAUUCCCAUUCCUCCGGGCGUGUCGUUGGGGAUGGCCAGUCAGCAGGCGCAGGCCCAACAGGUGUCGCCCAUGUCGUCAUCGUGGUCGCAGUCGUCUGUACGAGACGGACCGCUGGCGAUGCAGCCGUCGCCUCCGUCGCCAGGCAACAACAGCCUCUCCCUGCCCCCCACCUCCACCACCCCCCCACAGCGGUCUAUGUCACCAUCGAGUGUGGGGCGGAGCUCCAACAGCUCCCCGGUUCUGAACAUGUACGAGUCAAGCAUCCUGGAACCCAGCACUGCAGCCGCCAUUAAGGAGGUUGCGUACGCUAUCGUGCUGACUACGCGGAAGGACGGAGAAGAGCUCCCCAAAUCGUUGCCAAAGAAACUGGAGAAGCAGCUGCGGAAUGUGAUUGAGAUGUCUGAGGAAGACCCCAUGUUGGAGGAGGAGGUACGGAAGUGGAGUGCCAUCUACGGCCGCUUUGACUCCAAGAGAAAGUCUGAAAAACUCCUGACAUUACAUGAGAUCAUGGUGAACGAGGCAGCGUUUGCCCUGUGCAUGUACGACCGUAUGUUGCUGUGUCGGCGGGAGGAGCUGUUCCCAUUGGCUCGGCAGGUGGUGCGGGAGAGCGGAUACAAGUUCAAGCACGGAAAAUCUCGUUCUGCAUCCAAAGAUGUUGAAUGCUAUUCCAGGGCUAAGGAGGUUUCCCGGCAAACAGACGCGACGGGGACGUCGUCGCAACCACCAUGCAAGAAGAUCAAGGUCGAACCAGAGGGGUCCAGUGUCAAACCCGACAACAGCGAGCAUACACGCACGGUGCAAGCAGAACUCUCCAAGAUUAAGAGACAGGAGAGAAUGACAGAGAUCUCGGAGACCCUGAAGGACAAGCGUGACAAGUUAGAGGUUUGUAAGGAGAGGAUACAGACUGCCAAGGACACCUCCGACUAUCCUUGUGUGGCAGACUUACAGAUGGAACUUGAACAGCUGACCAAUGAGCAGCUGGCUCUCAUGACAGAACAGGCUGAUCUAAUCAGGCAACAGAAGAGAUCUGACAAGUACUACAGAACAAAAGCACGCAUGGCGGAACAGAACGGUGACGAGGACAAUAAUGACAUCACCAUUAAACAGGAGCCAGCAGAUGAAGAUGACAUCUGUGUCACAGGAGCGGACUCUUCUCUCAUGUCCAGUACUGGGUCCUCCCCGUCCAGGGAUAUACCUGAGGUCACUCUCACACACACCAGGACACCCAGGAAAAGUGCUCUUCCAACAAAGAGACUAGUACAGGAAACACUCAUGGAAGAAGGCCUAAGAUUGGCACAAGAACAUCUGCAGUCGGAGGAAAUGACAUCUAAUGGCACAGAGGACUCUGAGCAAGAGGAAAAGGACCAUACCACUGCACACGAGGGGCCCAGUCUGCGAAAACUCAUCAAGCAAGAGACGUGACAUUUAUCAAAAGCAAUAUAAAACAGGCCAUAAUAUUGUAUAAAGUUGGUAGAAACAAAGAAAAGAAGAAAGACUUCAACAUUGCACAAACAUGUGCAGGUGUGAAGACUCCAGUCUAGCAUUCAAAGUUUUAUACCAGGUACGACAAAAGCAAUGAACAUUGAUAAUGCAGUAUUGUUAAGUAUUUGUGAUUGAUUAUAUCAACCUACACAUGAAGAACAUUAGUAAAUUAGAAUCUUUCAGUAUCACAAUAUGAUUACGUAUCAUCAGUCUUGUAGGAAGGAUGACUAUGUUAGUCUGUAAUGUGAGGAAACUCUCCACAGAGCAAACCAUUGAACAUUACACAUUUGAAUAUUCCCUUUUACAAUUGUAACAUGAUGUACAGUAUAGAAAUAUGAUUUGAAAGACAACAAAAAUUUUUUUUUUUGUAUAUGAUUGCAAGGUCCUAAAAACUGGUCAGUAAUUUGAUGAUCUGAUCAUAGCAAGUUUAAUCAUCAUUACCUUACAAAUGUACCUUUUGGACAUCAGUUUUUCUACCCAACUUGGAAUGGAAUUAGCAGAUUUUGAAGUACCCUGCUGAUUAAUAUUUGCCAGAAGAUUCAGUGUUACCAAUUUAAAGGGAUUGUGAAUUUCUGGUUGCUUAUGUUACUUCAAGUUUAAGUUUGACAACUUUGACCAGCUUGACACCAAAGUUUUUGGGUAACGUUAGUUCACCUUUAUCCGCAGGGUAACCUAUAUCUGUCGUGUUGCUAAACAGGGUUUCCAUGGAUAUCAAGUCGACGGACGGCAGUUUCAAAUUGUACUAUUUUCCAAAUAUUGCAGAUUGAAACCGCCAUCUGUCCACUUGAUAUCCCUAAAUAUAUUGUUCUUAAAAAGAAUGGAUAAAGGUUACCCUAAUGCUUAAAGGUAAAUUAUCGUUACAUCUAUAUCAGGACAGAAGCUGUAAUGACAGAAUAGAAAUCUAACAUUCUUAUGUUUAUGUUUGAAGUAUGGCAAGAGUUUGUCUGUUGGUGCAAGGAGAUGUAAGGCUAUGUAAUUAUUAAUUUAUGAUCUAAUCGUAUAUUACAUAUCUUGCAGCUAAGUGCUGAGGUACUGAUAGAAGUCUGUUGGCAUAACAUGUCAACUUGUGGAUGAACAUGCUACAUAGUCCUGGCACAUCUAAUGUCUGGAUGCCUACUCUUGUUUCUGGUGACAUUGCACCUAUAGUGUUACAGUAGAUACAAAUGUGGGUCACAUUUCCAACUUUAUCCUCUGUUAUAUUUUGUAUUAGCCAGGGUUGUAUUAGCCUGAGCUUCCUAGAAAACAAUUUUAUUAGGGAGCGAGACUUUUGUAGCACCUGAAAUGAUUAUUCAAAAUAAUGAUGUUAAUGGAUCUGUGUUAAAGUACUGUGAAGUUUCCUAUAUCUUUGUUAGUAUACUCUGAUUGUAGAUAUUUGAUUGUCCCAAGUGAAAGGGUAUGAAAUCACUGUACAUAUGUUUGUAAUAUGUGUAAUAUGUAUCCAGCAGUAUUAAAUUAUGGGCAGAGGCAAUUGACAUGUAAAUUUAUGAAGUCACCAACCAAUUCAUAUUUAAGUUUUCUCAUGAUUGACUUUACAAUUCUGCAGAAAUUUGAUCUUACUGAAUUUCUUUCAGCAUCCUUCUAAAGAUGUUUUCUCUCUUGGUCUGGAGCAAGUUUCUAUGUUGACUUAGCCUGAUGAUGACACAUGCAAAGCCCCUCCUCCAACACAAACUACUUUUCACCAAGUUAUUGUACAUUUAAAUGUAGUCUAUCUGUUCACAUUCUAAUGCCUAGAUCAGAAUUUGAUUUAUAUACAAUAGCUUUGUAAUCAUAUUUGUAUUAAGUUUGCCAUGAAUGUUGAUUGCUGUAAUAGUAUUGCAAAUGUACUAGUAUCUUGUAAAUUGUAGACAGUAAAUUACUUAGUGAUUGCUGGUAGUAAUAUAUUUUUUGUCAUUAUUUUUCAAAUAUUGACACAGUCGUCACCAAAGAGAGGUUAAAGAAAAAGCUACUGAAAAACUACACCUGAUGUCAUAAAAUUAUUUUACACAACUGUAAUGAAUAAGGCUACUCGAAUGUUUCACAUGACAUUUCAACUGGAAA